CAAAACGGCUCGGGACUGGGAUGCACGUCGCAAUGGUGAUCAUUUGCAAGAAGAGGUCGGAAAAGGGCGGCGAAAAUGUAACGUCGAAAAGCACACAUUUGGGCUCGUUCCAGACCGAGACCAUGAGCCAGGGGACCGCUCUCUUCUCUCGUGAACUCACGGGUAAGAAAGACAAACAAAUAUGCGUUGACAAGCUGAGAAAAGACAAUGCUGAUACCAGGGGAUGGUGCGAAGUGGCACACGGUCGCGCCGCGCCGCAGAGUCAGGUUGGCACGAGCCUGGAGAGUCUCUGGGACAUCCUGCCGCAGGUGCACCGGAACACCUCCCAAUGGGACUGGGAUGUGGGCUGCACGUCCAGCACCAUCAGCAGCCUCCUGCAGGACCUCAGCCUGACCGAGGCCGCCGCGUCCUCGCUGGCGGCGGCGGCGCCGCCCAGCAAACGUCAAUGCCGGUCCCUCUCCUGCUCCGACGAGCUGCACCGCUCCACCUGGCGACCUCAGGGAUCCAGAGUGUGGACGGCCGUGGAAAAGAGGAGGUGCCACAGCGGCGGGAGCGUCCAUCGUGGCGGAUUCACUCCGACGGGCUUCCCGGCCAUCCGGCGGAGCUCAAGCAUCAGCCUCAGCCUCAGCCUGCCCGUCGGCCUGGCCCGGCCGCUCUACCGCUCUAACGAACAGAUCCCCGAGCUCCACGGCCCUUCGCCGGUCAGCUCGCCCGACUCCACCCCUGAACUGGAGCGCCGAGGAGGGCCGGGGGGUCUAGCCCGCAGCCGCUCGCAGCCCUGUGUCCUCAAUGACAAGAAAAUCGGUGUCAAGCGCCGGAGGCCGGAUGACAUGCAAAGGCCCUCGCUGGAUCUGGCAAAGAUGACCCAGAAACUUCCAAACUUCCACAGCCUCAGCUGCCAUGGAAUCUCAGGCCAUUCUAGACACAGCGAGGAUUCCUCCGCCACCAACGCUUCGGACGACGUUCCGCCUACGACGGAGCACGAGCCGCCUGGUCUCAACAUCCAGGAGGUGGAGCGGAUCUCCACGUACCGUAAAGAUAAGCUGCCCCCGUGGACGGGCCUUUGUAGCACCGGGAAGGACGCCCAUCUGCUCGGAGGAGAGCUGGACAUCGAGCAGAUCGAGAAGAAUUGACACUGACUCGAAAGUCUUACAAAGGAAGUUAUGCACUCAUUUUUGGAGGCAGUAGUCUUAAACUGCCCCCCCUGCCCCCAGUAUGCAGGGGGUUCCAAAUGUGUCUCAGGAGACAAGGCAAUCAGGAAGCGUCAACUCUGUGAAAAUUAUUCGUCUUAACAUUUUUGCCGCUAACCCGUCACUGGUACGUUAGCGUUUGGAGAGAAUUUGCAGCAGGUUUGUACAGAUUCCCAGAAGUGGGCAAGUUGGACGACCCAAAGCACAGAAAUGCACACACGGGAAAUGACUCAACCCACAAAAGGGAAACGUGGCUUCUCUCCAAGAUCGAUGCAAGAUCCGUUCUGACGCUAAUCGCAUUAAUAUUUUACGAUGUGUGACGACAAGGUGAUGUAAAAACACGAGCGUAUUUCUAUAUGAAUAAAAAGUUUCAAAUGUG